AUAAACACACACACAUACUACCGCGAGUGCGUGCAAACAGCGCUUACCUUUUGCCUACCUGCUGGAAAAAUUAUUGAACGGUGCUUAGAGCAGCCGCCAUGGCGUCACAGCCCCCCCUUCUCUCUAAUUGACACCGCGAGAGCCGCACACGUGCACACCCUGCCCUGCCCUUUGUCGCUUAUCGGAACUUUGUUUGCCAACGAUAUAGAAAAAGCCACAAAAAGUGGGUCUGCUCCUUCGGCGGCGACUGUAAAAUGGUAAAUGGUGUUUGCAUACGUGUUCCGUAUGAUACCGCAUUGAAACCACAAGCGAAAUGGAAAACAAAACGAGAAUAAAAACAAGAAUUAAACACCAAAAUAUCCACAUCAGCAUGCCGACAUAAAACCUUCCGUUUCGCUGUUUUUAUCGAGUUGACUUAUUUUUACUCGCUUUAAAUUUUACAUUUUUCUUCGUUUUGUGUUCCUCAGCGGAAGUCAACUGCUCCCCCGAAACAAGGGAGUGGGCUAAGGUGAUAGGAGCCAGAGAGAAAGACACUCAGGCAGACAGAGUGCAGAUAGAGACAGAGAGAGGGCAGUCGUCUGCUGAUAAAGACAGCAUCGAAUACGGGGUGACACCUCGUUCAGUUGGAAUCGCAAAAUAUGAUUAAAAAUACGAACGAUUAUUUAUUUGUGCAAUCCACAAAAGGAAUCAAUUUUCCAUCUAAAAAGUUCUCGAACGCGAGCUACGUAGUGUUCCAACAACAUCAACAGUCGAGUCUUUAAUAAAUUGUCCUCAUUCAUCAACAGUCGCGUCUAGUACAGAUUCUGUUGGUAAGCAUCAACAGUUGCGUCUGUGCAAACGUGUCUUGCUUGGUUUCGCGACUGAAAUUCUUGUGCCAGUUUUCCUUUAACAGCAUCACCAGUCGCUUCUAGGCAAACAUGCCAUCGUCUUUGCUAUAGAUGAUCCAAUACAUUUCUCUUUAUCCUUUCCGGAAUUGACAAAAACUCUGCAUCUUGCGAAAAUAGGGCAGUCUUCCGUGUGCUACUGUCUUUGAUGCUCUUCGUGCCUGUGUUCUGUGAAUUAUAGUUAUAGACAGGACACCAUCGGUAGCUUGGGAUCACGAUAUCUCGGAUGAUUCCAAGUUCGUAGUGUCGAUUCGCACUGCAAAGCCAAUUCGGUUUUGGGGCAACAACCAGUUUUGCGGCGGGUUCAUAAUCACGUCCUCUUGAGUUGUAACCACCGCUCGCUGCGUCUCCGUGAGGCCUUCCAGCUCCUGCUGCUACCCCAUCGAAAGAAGAAAUCUGAUGGUGGUGCUCGAUACCUUAAACCGCCUUGACGAGCCAGUCAGUGAGAAGAAGAUUGCCGUGAAGAGGAUUGUCCUGCAUCCCCAAGUACAGAGCAUAUUGCCAUGACUUGGCCCUGCUGCAGCUGAAGAGCUUUGUCCCCAGGAACCUGCACUACAGUCAGACGAUGCUGCCAGAGCAUGAGAUGCCAAAGAACACAACCUGCAUAACCUUGGGUUGGGGAAUAAUGUACACCGACGGACCCAUUACGAACGAGAUGAUGAUGCUGAUGGUGUGGACGAAGCCCGAACUAAAUUGUCAGAGUAGCUGCUCCUUUCGCAACAAAACCAUCUGCGCGAUCCGCAGUGAUGGAUACGGGAACACAAGCCGGGGAGAUCUGGGUACUCCGCUCCUCUGCAACCAUACGCUGUACGGGGUGUUGGGACUGCGGACAAAAAGCCAGGAAUACGGACCCAUGAUCUUCACCAACAUAUACGAUCACAUGAGCUUUACCAUAAGCAGUACCACAAGCGCCAGCAUACCCCGUCGUGGCUCUGGCCUCACCCUGACCCUAAUCCUGACCUUGUCCAGUGUUGCGAGCCAUUGAUGAAGAUGUGAAUAAUGAUGCUGGAUUGUGGGUUGUGUUGCUGGCUGGUGGUUGGGUUAAGUGGGUGCAAUCGAUGUGGAUUUUAAUUGGAUCGAAUCGAAUCGCUCUUUGUUCAGGGUUCAGGGUCAAGGGACAUGUGCCCAGCAGCCCCUUCCAACCCCUUCUAACAGCCAUGGAAAUCACUCGAAUCUAUCUCUACUUCCCCCCAUUCAUCAAUCGAUCAGGUAGAAAAUCGUUUGACCGCUGAUGGAUCGCCAAGAGAGCAGCAACCCCAGCCACCUCCCCGAGCACCUAGCAGCGCCUCCGUAGUCGUCGAGUUUUGUUUUGUUUUCGCAUAUUAUUUUGUUGUUUCUUUCUUUUCCUAUUGGUAGUUGUUUCUAUAGUCUUUUUCUGUUCUGUCUACAACGCUCUCUCUCUGUCCCUCUCUUUCUCUCUCACUAUAAAUGCUUUCAUUCGAAUGGCAUUAGUAAUUCGAUUGCCAUUUUUACUUUUGGACGUUGACAUGCAAUGA